AUGCUCACGCCAACGGCCAGCCACGCGGGACAGGGGAGUCCCGCCAAUCCAACCAACAAUGACAAUAAUGAUAACCAUGACAACCCCGCCAACGCGGCGAACCGAGAAGUUAAGGGCGAGUGGUUGGUGUAUCCCCAAGCCAACUACGAGUUUAAUAUCGUAGAAAAACUGAAGAGCAAAUUUAUCAUGGAUACAGACAAAAUCAAGAAACGAAUAAACGCAUACAACCAAGAUGGAAUCAGAAACUCAGCACUCGCCAUUAUCCUUUGUCACAGGUAUGAGUAUCCACACCUACUGUUGCUACAAAAUAUAGAAAGCCAAACGUACCACCUCCUAAGUGGAAAAUACAAAUCGUGGGAAAAGCCGAGGGAAGUAUUAAAAAAAAAAUUACAAAAAUACGUAAACCAAAUUAGGGAUAUGCAUUUCGGGACUAGCCAUUUUAAUACGGAGGAGAAAGAAACCGAGGAUCCCAUCGAAAUUGGAGAAUUCCUGGGUGAGUGGUGGAAAACUCAAUUCAACUCCGUCUACCUUCCAUACUUACCUGCUCAUAUAACGAGACCGAAGGAAUACAUACGGUUAUAUCAAGUCACACUAACCUCCAGGUGCAUUUUUCAUUUGCCUCCUGGGUUUACUCUAAAGGCUUUGCCCCUCUUCGACCUGAGCACCUGUGGAGUGGCCAUCGGCGGUCUGACAAGUGUUCUCUCCCGGUUUAAGCUCCACUGCAUGGUGCCGGUAGAAGAGGAGGAGGAGGGAGGAGGAGGACAGGACGAAUAG